AUAUAUUUACUGUCCAUUAAUUAUUUUUUUAAAAUGGUUGGAACUGAGAAAACUUCUCAUAUUCAAACUGAUUUGGGGCCCCAUGGUUUAGGAGAUCCGGAUGACAAGUCCUUAAGAAAAGUUGAAACUGAAAUUUUAAUUCCGAAAAAAAUGAGGGAUAAAGCAAAAGCCGAAAACUGUUUUAGUGAAGUUCAAGACUUUCAAAAAUGCUGCAAAGAAAGUGGAGUUUUACUAGUCAUGAAAUGUCGAAAAGAAAACAAUAAAAUGAAAGAAUGUCUUACCCACUGGUAUAGAAACCCUGAAUUUGUGAACAAAUGUACUGAAGAGUAUCUAGAGGAAAGAUCGGAGUACAGAAGGACAGGAAUAAAGAAGAGAGAUAAAUUAAUGAAGAUAUAAUUUUUAUUGAGACUGAAAUAAGAACUUUUUGUUGCUUUUUAUUCUUAAAUAUGUACAUAAUAGUACUAGUGUUGAAAAAAUAUAUUGUAAACAUUUGUUAGA